GAGCAGCGGUCCCCGCGCAGGCUUGGCCGCGCACUCCCGCCCUCUGCCCGCUGCCCCGGCUCCUCCCUCCUCCGGAGCUUCUCCUUGGGGCGGCCGCGCGGGAGAGAGGCCGAGAUGGCUGAUGAGAUCGCCAAGGCUCAGGCCGCCCGGCCUGGUGGCGACACGAUCUUCGGAAAGAUCAUUCGCAAGGAAAUCCCAGCCAAAAUCAUUUUUGAGGAUGACCAGUGUCUUGCUUUCCAUGACAUUUCUCCUCAAGCACCAACACAUUUUCUGGUGAUACCCAAGAAACAUAUAUCCCAGAUUUCUGUAGCAGAAGAUGAUGAUGAAAGUCUUCUUGGACAUUUAAUGAUUGUUGGCAAGAAAUGUGCUGCUGAUCUGGGCCUGAAGAAGGGUUAUCGAAUGGUGGUGAAUGAAGGUUCAGAUGGGGGACAGUCUGUCUAUCACGUUCAUCUCCAUGUUCUUGGAGGUCGGCAGAUGAAUUGGCCUCCUGGCUAAACAUGUUUUAGGGAUAAUUUUCCCUUCUCUAGGCAAUGAUCAAUAUUUGCAAGUUCCAAUAUGUUAAAUAGUAUACGUAUUUUUGCCUGUGUAUGGAGAGAUUGAGGGAAUAAAGGCCCAUAAAUAAAAGAUAAUGUUGCAUGGUUUACAAUCUCUCUGAAACCUGUGUUUGCUUUAUUAAAAAAAAAAAAAUGUUGGAAUGUAUGAAGGUAGAAUUCAUAAUUUGGGUAUUCUUUUUUCUCCCUAAUGUAUACUAAACAUAUGUACAUUGUUAAAAUGGUAUGACUGGUUUCUGAAGACAAAUACAAGAUUUCACAAAUUUUUAGCUUUGCAAUACCCUUUUAGGGUAAAAUAUUAGUCCAGGUGGAGAUUUUCUAAUCUAAUUUUCUCAAUACUUAAGAACAAAAGAGUAUCUUAUGUGAUUGAUCCAGAAAGUGAAUGUUUUGGGUCUAAGAGCAAUGGUUUUUGUCAAGCCCACGUUCCCCCUGGACUGUUGGGGUAAUUUGGAAGGAAUAAAAGUAGAUUUGUCACAGAAUCUUUGAUGACCAUA